AUGAGGCACCCGAUUCUUGGAGCUGCCGUCUGCCUGGCAGCCUGGGCUCCCUUGGGAACUCAGGCAAUUAGCCCCGAUGCUGCAGCCGCAGCCAGCAACGCGGCAAAUGCACUUUUAGCAGAUAUACCAGUCAGCUCUGCUACAGGACCCGUUCCGGGCCGGCCCACGGAUCGGGCCAGCGCUCGUGCCGCUGUCUUGGCCGGGAAUUACACCUCCAAGCUCCAUCAUGAAACAAGAAAUCCUUGCCCUCCUGGGUGUAGCGUGAGCACGGACAAGUGGUACGUGUAUCACGACGUCAAUCGUCUGAAAGAGUGUAACCAGACUAUGCUGCUGGACUUUGCCUUGUUCAAUCAUGUCGACGACUCCAAGCCAGUUGUCAAGAUCUCGGCCUGCACGGCGGACUUGAAGGCGCCAGUCGUCAAAGAGAACAGACUGGCAUCCGAUGUGGAUGCCUGCGCGUUCAAGGGCGUGAACCUGACUCAAGCGACAGCGUCUAUACAAUUGGGCUCUUCAGGUGCUUCAUCGUCAACAUACGUUGCUGAUGUUGCUACCGCUCUUGAUCAGCUACUGGCCUUGUCAAGCAUUUCUAAGCCGGACUGCAACGAGACCAUUAAGUAUGCUUACUCUGGAGAUGCUAUUGUUGGUGUAUAUGCAGGAUCUAGCCUUUCGAGUCAAGGCGUGGUAUCGACGGUCCUUAAGAAACUUAGCAAUGAGAUCCAGAGCAGCGGUCAAGUUGCGGAGGAUCUGCUAGCCCAGAUAUGCAGUAGCAAAACUUCAGCAAGAUACACACUAGGCAUCUUCGCCACUACUCAGGGCCACCUCGGUGCCGUCCAGCGGAGCCUGCAAUCUUGGAAGAACGGCACCUGCAUCAGUAGCAUGGACCAUAUCACUCUGAACUGGCAGAAUGCAACCUAUCUCGCCCCAUCUCUCCAUCAAGGCAACGCCUCUAUCAGCAGCUCCAAACCGCUGGCGGCGCGUGCCGAUUGCCGUACCAUCCAAGUCGGCUCAGGAGAUACAUGCGCUUCACUCGCCACUGAGUGCGGCAUCACGGCAGCUCAGUUCACGCAGUACAACCCCGGCUCGACGCUGUGCUCCAAGCUGACUCCUGGACAGCAUGUUUGUUGUAGCUCGGGUACACUGCCUGACUUUACACCAAAGCCUGAUGCCAAGGGCAACUGCUAUGCCUAUUACGUUAAGACAGGAGACUCUUGCGCUUCCAUUGGCGCCGCCUAUGAUCUUACCAACGACCAGAUCGAGAGCUUCAACAAGAAGACCUGGGGUUGGAACGGCUGCCAGAAGCUGUUUGCCGAUUACAACAUCUGCCUCAGCACGGGAUACCCCCCAAUGCCAGCACCAGUCGCCAACGCCGUCUGCGGGCCGCAGGUGAACGGCACAACUCCCGCCCCGCCAGGUGUAGACUUUAGUACGUUGAACGAGUGCCCUCUCAAUGCGUGCUGUAAUAUCUGGGGCCAGUGCGGCACCACGGGUGAUUUCUGUAACCCAUCCAACUCUAGCACUGGUGCCCCUGGUACGGCGGCCCCUGGAGAGAAUGGCUGCAUCUCAAACUGUGGCGACGACAUCAUUACGUCGGAUCCCCCUGCCGAGACAAUCAGCAUCGCAUACUUUGAGGCCUUUGACCAGAAGCGUUCGUGCCUGAAGAUGUCCGUCACUGACAUUGAUACGUCGGCUUACACCCACAUCCACUUCGCUUUCAUCACGCUCAACUCUGAUUUCUCCAUCAACACCGAUGGUGUCGAGAGCCAGUUGCGUCUCCUUACCGGCAUGUCUCGCAUCAAACGCAUUGUGUCAGUAGGUGGCUGGGAUUUCUCAACCAAUCCAAGCACUUACACCAUCUUCCGCGAGGCUGUGUCAUCCGAAGCGAACCGUCAAACGUUAGUCACCAAUAUUGUCAACUUCCUUAACGAGUAUGACUUAGAUGGUGUUGACUGGGACUGGGAGUAUCCCAAUGAACCUGAUAUUCCAGGUAUUCCAAAGGGUAGUGAAGCGGAAACCACGGGGUAUUUCCUGCUGCUUGAUGAGCUGAAGCUGAAGAUGCCGUCCAACAGGACUGUGUCUAUCACCGCCCCAGCUUCAUUCUGGUACUUGCAGUACUUUCCCAUUCAGGUACUCAGUUUCGUGGUUGACUACAUUGUGUACAUGACGUACGAUUUGCACGGCCAGUGGGACUACAUUAAUAAAUAUGCUAGCCCAGGCUGUGGUUCAUACGAUCAGGGCUUGGGGAAUUGCUUGCGGUCUCACGUAAACCUCACCGAGACUCUCAACGCGCUGUCCAUGAUCACCAAGGCCGGUGUUCCAUCUAACAUGAUUGCCGUUGGUGUCAGCAGCUAUGGACGGUCCUUCAAGAUGACUACGGCGGGAUGUUGGACAUCUCAAUGCACCUAUACGGGGCCUGACUCUGGAGCUCUUCCGGGCCCUUGCACCAACACCUCCGGCUACAUCUCCAACUACGAAAUCAACAAGAUCACCUCACAGAAUCCGUCAGCAGCGACGCAUUUUGAUCAAGAUUCCUAUUCCAACAUCAUGGUCUACAAUGAUACGCAGUGGGUUGCGUAUAUGAACGAUUCCAACAAAGCCACCCGCAAGCUCGUAUACCCGGCACUGAACUUUCUGGGCAUUGCAGACUGGGCCGUUGAUUUGCUAUCAGAAGGGGGAGCGUCAAAUUCAUCGUCUUCCGCAGAGACCAUCUACAUUGAUCCGGGUAUCUGGUCCUCCGCGACUCCCCAAGUAGUGGCACCUCCAGGAGCGUCGCUUAUUUGGCCUCCAAUGCCACUCUCGAGUCCUACUACGAUUACCUUCCCUCUAUGGACUACCACAGUUUCGUAUAGUAGUCUGACAACGCUGACGAGUACUCUGACGGAUGGUUCGACAUCGACUUAUCAUGACUAUAUCUGGGUGUCGUGGCUCACGACUCUGAGCAUUCCAGCAAAAAUUCCUGUCUGGGGAGUUUCUCUUAACAAAAGUUCGUCGGCCGGGACCAUUUAUCUCACAAGUUCCAUCCAGCCACCGCCCUUCAACGUGACUAUUACCCCGGUUGUCAGCGGUACUACUUCUAUCAUUAGCCCUACCAAGACUUCAACGAUCAUAGGCGGCAUCAUAACCUACGGUUCUAAGACUUGGACUCAGCCAGACGAGACGCAAACCCAGGGUAAAAGCACGAGCAUCAAGGGCGGCACGACGCUGCCGCCAACUGUAAUCACCGUCACUCCUAAUCCACACCCGACGACCACGAACACAAAGCCGGAUCCGGUUGUCAACCCCAAGACGCAUCACUGGACAUCCGGCCCGAAUCCGAAUCCUACUGCCAAACCAGGAUGCCCCGGAUGCGGCAAACCUUGCCUGCUGUUCUGCGAUCCUGAUUGUCCGUUUUGUCCCCCGGGCAUCUUCCCCCCAGGCAGCGGCGGCGGCGGUGGUGAUGAUGGUGACGACGAUGAUGACGACGACGACGAUGACGACGACAGCCAGUACACGAUGUACGCUGAAAGUCUGGUUGAAGAUGUGCUGCCAGAUGCAUUGGCGGAUCCGGAUCAGUUGGACGCCUUCUGGACUACGGAGAUAUCCAUAUUCGCAUCAGAAAUGGGUUGGCUUACAACGAGUACCACCGCGCAAGCCUCUAGCACAACGAAAGCCACUCCACCUCCACCUCCACCUACACCGCAGGCAACGUGCCAAUACUUUGACGCGGGAUUGUUCUAUGAGUUUUUUAUAUAUUACAUUGCCGGAUGGAACACCGAUGACGUCGAAAGCUCGCUGAAGAAACAGGAGGGGGGAUGCGGCGCGAUGACAGGAUGGGAUUGGGAUUACGCAAAGGCCAAAGAUGAUUCAGUGUCCUUUAAUCUUCCUAUCGUGAUCAAAUCUGGGUGCGUCGAGCGAGCUAUUGUGUCGGCCGGGGGGCCAAAGAUCUCGUGUUCCUACUACAAUGGCUUGACUCACCCCGGUCCAGAUGACGAGGGCUCAGAUAACGUGGCGUUUGCACAGGCUCACCACGUAAAUGGCACCCAGGCGAGUAACUCGUAUAAGCCUAUGGAUUGGGCUACUUUUGUUGCGAGAGCCACGGGGGUGUAA